AUUUUGUGUUACACAAAUACCAUCAGCUCAGCGCAGCCAUCCCUUUGCCUGCCGUGGUCGAUCAAAGACGGUCGUCCAGGUGUACUAGCACCACGUUCAGAGAUCUCUGCGGCUUCACUCCUUCAGCACGGUGCGCCAUGCCCAGCGCGACUCCCACCUCGUCCACUGGACUGGCCUACCCAAAGGUACUGGGCUGGUCCAUCAAGCAACACAUCGGCGGUGGAGGCUUUAGCAAAGUCUUUCGUGGCUACAAUCCUUCCCACCCUACCAACCGAGUGGCAGCAGUCAAGGUCAUCUCCCUUCUCCGUAAUCCUCCGCCCGAUCGUCGAGCGCUGCAGAAAGAAGUCCAGGUCCAUGCUGUGCUCAAGCACCCUCAUGUCUUACAAUUCAUCGGAGUGGAAGAGAGGGGUAUCAGCAAAGAGGAGAGGGCUAGGUAUUUGCCAGGCAUAUACAUCGUCCUCGAGCUUGCAGGCGGAGGCGACCUCUUCGACAAGAUCACUCCUGAUGCCGGCGUAGAGACCGAUCUCGCCCACUUUUACUUCACACAGCUCAUUGCAGGCUUGGAGUACAUCCAUUCGCAUGGUGUCACACAUCGCGACAUAAAACCUGAGAAUAUGCUGUUGGACAAUGAUGGCAACCUCAAGAUCGCAGACUUUGGGUUAUGCUCUGUGUAUAAGCACAAGGGGAGGGAGCGAGAGCUGAAGGGAGCUUGCGGUAGUCUGCCAUACAUAGCACCUGAGAUGAACGGGCGUCCGUACAAAGGCGAGCCAGUAGACGUCUGGUCGGCGGGUGUAGUCCUCUUUGCCCUUUUGGUAGGCAAUACUCCCUGGGACGAGCCGACCAAUCGUGCUCCGGAAUACGUAGCGUACCUGGACGGAACACUCUUCGACUAUGAUCCCUGGAAUCGUAUCCCCGGUGACGAGCUCGCUCUGGUGAAGGGUAUGCUCUGUCCCAAUCCUGCCAAGCGACUCAGUCUGGAAAGCAUCAAGCGGAAUCGAUGGUACAACCGGAACAACCCGCUGCUCACAAAGUCGGGACAGUGCACUGACCCCACGACGCUCGCUGAGAGGCUACUGCAAGGGCUAAUCGUCCACGGAGAGAUGGAUUAUGCUGCGCCACUGACCAUCGAGGAGAGGGCCAAGCAAUUGCACAGUGAUGGUGAAAGAGCAGAGGUGCCCGAGAACCUCUCACUCACGCAACCAGAAGCCAUGCAUCCUCAUCAGCCACUUCAGCUCGGCUGGUCGCACCGUUCUGCUGCAAUGGGUCCUGGAGGCCUCUCCAUGCCAAGCUCGACUGCACAGCCCCGCCUGUCUUCCUCAACAUUAUCCUCUGCGCAUCAUGCUCGCCGAUCCAGCUUCCUCGAACCCCUCUCGCAACAAUUACAGACUCGAAGAUCUGCUUUCCAGGCCAGCCAGCAGCUCUCUCAAAGUCUUCACGGCGACUCUCAAGACCCCAUGGGCGGAGGGAGUCAGUUCACUUCAGUGCUCAAUUUCCUUACUCAACCUCCAGCUCUUUCGCAGUCUCAAUCAGGCCGCGCCAAUAACGCUGCAUCUCUGACGAUGCUACCCAAUUUGACGAGGUUCACCUCCUCUGCUACAGUCGCUGUCAUGGCCGAGGUGCUCAGCAGGGUCUUGCACGGCCUAAGGGUGCAAUUCACCCUCGAACCUCUGGGAGACACGUUCAUGGGAGAGGCAGAGGAAGUAGAUGGGCGUGACGCGAUUCCCGCCGCCGACUUUAGGAUGGACGACGCAGACGAUGAAAUGGACACCGACGAGGCUCUGCAGCACCACGAUGAUGAUGGCAGGGGAAUGUCGCGGAGCACCUCGACUGGCAGUGACGGGAUGACCGUUCGUGGCUCUCCCGCGCCAGAGAGUGGCGGUAUGACCACUUCCGCAUCAACAGCCACCCUCACUUCGGCUUCGGCUUCGGCUGCUCCCUCUUCGCUUUCGAAUUCGACAAUGUCCCUCGGCUCCAUCCCUGAAGGAACCAAAGGGACCCGUCUACGCAUCAGUCUCACCGACUCUCGCAAGUGUCAGCUCAAGGGUGAAAUUCGCGUAGAGCGGGUUCAGGGCAUCGAGGGAGGGGAGAUCAAGUCGCUUGUGAUGAUGAGUCGUCGUAGGGGUAGUCCGUUGGAGUGGAGGAGGGUGUUUGGUAAGAUUGUAAGACAGAGAGAGGUCGCGAGUUGUAUUGCGAGGUAGUACGCAGCCGAGAGAGGAGUACACAAGAUAAGGGGACAUGGGGUCCCCUUUUCAAUCGUCACACAUGUACUAUAUCAGCCACUUCGCACAAAAAUUCCUUUCGUAGUCCCAGACCUCAAUGGCCCUUUUCCUUCUCCUUCUCCUUCCUGGACUUCGCCGUCUUCUUUGCCCUCCUCCUCCUCUUCUGCACAAUCUUCUU